GGUUGGCGGCCGAGCUCGCGCGGCGGCGGUUGGCCGUGACGCGCCCCUCGGCCCCUGGCCGCCAUGGAGGAGCCUCUGCUGGUCGCCCCCAUCAACCCCAACAACUUCCCGGCCAAGCUGUGGCGCCUGGUGAACAGCCCGCGGUUCCGCUCCAUCCGCUGGGACACCCGCGGCGAGGGGCUGCUCAUCGACCAGCCACUCUUCGAGGCCGAGCUGCUGGGCGCCGGGCCGGGCCUUGGGGCGGGGCCGGGGGGCGACGGGGCCGCGGCCGCCUCGGCCGAGCUCUUCAAGACCACCAACUUCACGAGCUUCAUCCGGCAGCUCAACCUGUACGGCUUCCGCAAGGUGGUGCUGGGCCCGCCGGGCGGCUCCUCGGCCGCGCCCGGGCCCGCGGGCGGCGGCUCCUCCGGGCCCCUGCACCACUUCCACAGCCCGCACUUCCGCCGCGACCGCCCCGACCUCCUUGUCCACCUCAAGCGACUCACCAGUGCCAACAAGGCCAAGCUCGCGGCCGGCCUGGAGGUGACCAGCCGCCCACCCAACCGGUUCCAGCGGCUGCUGAGCACCUCGCUGCAUGGGGACCCACUCGUGCCGCCGCCGGGGCCCGGCAAGGCGGAGAAGCCCGGAGCACUGACAAUAGGACAGUUUCAUCGGUCUUUUCGGCGAGACAGUUUAUCUCCUUACUCCUAUGUAUCUGCUUCAUCCCACAACCACAGCACUUUAUCAUCAAAAGGUUCAGAUCGGACUCCAGUCCCUCCCAGAACAUGGCAGAACUCCCUUGGGAUGCUUCCAGGGCAGGUGGAGACUUCCCCAACAUUUUCAGACAAAGGGGUUCCAUUUCCUGUACUCCAGAGGUUUCCAACAGAGGUCACGUACACUCUUCAACCCAGUGCCACCUCUGUGCACAUACAACAGGGACCUCAGACAAUGGCCAGUUCUUCCCAGAAAUAUAGCAACUACACACCUUCAGCACAGUACUCCCAAACCUACUACCCAACAGCUGUGUUACAGUGCUGCUCACCUACAACUCACCUAGAUCCUCUUAGUUGCUGUGGCAGUCCUACAGCCUCAACCUACACACACUGCAGCUAUUUCCAGAAUCCUCCAAUGCAGUCAUCAUACCCAGUUGAAUUUUUGCCAUCUAACUGGCCAUGCAAUACAGCUGAUGAAAACAAGAAGACAGAAGUAAACCUAGAGGCUGUCUUUCAGAUUGUAGAUGAGAUGCAUUCAUCCCCCAAGUUAGAGAUGGUGAAGGUGGAACCUGUGGAGAACCAGUGUCCAACCCCACAGCCUAAUGCAGGCCAGCAAUUGAUCGGUAAUCCUGGGAAUAAUGAUGCACCUUCCUCGAGUCACGCCAGCCAACUGGAGCCUCUUACACCUGUAGGUUCUGAUAUUACAUUUAUGGUGGGAACAGAUCAAGCAAUAGCCUGUUCUCUGCCACAGUCUUCUGAAUUUAUUUAUACUAUCCACACCACCGAGCCUGUAGAGAAUACUGCUGCACAAAUGGUGCAGGAACCUGCAGACACACAGGAAGCACAUGCGAAACUGAAAGAACAGAUGAGCCAUGCUUCAGCUCAGUCUUCAGUGGUGUUUCUUCAGGAGGGACUGCCAUUCAGUCCAGAGCAGGUGGAUCCCAGUAUUAAGUGUCAAACCAACCCAUCAGAGACAGUUGUGUCUUCGGAGCAGGUAGGAUUCCUUAUUUCAGAUGUGGGACCUGUGAGCAAAUCUGUCAAAGACACAGCUUCAUCCAUACAAACCAGGUGCAGAGAGAGAAGAAGCAGUUCACAGAAGGGCAAGUCUCCUGCCAAGCCAGAUGGUGCUGAAGGCACAGCAGAGGAAGCUGUUAGACCCACAAUAGGGACCUCCUUACAGGAUGGGGAAGCAGGCAGAUACCGGACACAGUGUUGGUAUAUAAUACUAUCUCCAUCUACUGGUGGAUGUAGCUUGCAAACAGGAGCACUUUCCAAAAGAAGAAUUAAGAGAGUGAGAAGUGGGUGACAAGCAUGUGAAAAUGUGCAGUAACUGCCAACUGGGUUCUCCAUAUCAGACUCCAGAGGCAGUGCUUUGCACACAAUAUGCACUUUGGAACUUUUCAACUGUUUUAAAAAAAAAAUCUCUUUCCUUUUGCUUUUGUUAGUUUUAUGGGGAACUAGUCACUCCACUGUUUACUGCAUCUCUUUUGUUACAUUUUCUACUUCGACAGAUUGUAAAACAUCUAGCGGCUAGAGUGUUUAAUAUGCAGUAAUUGUUUACCUGCCUAAAAUUGCUUAGAAAGAAAAAGCUUGGACACUGUAAACAGGAAAUCUUAAAAGCCUCUGCAAGACUUUCUUACUGGGGAGCAAGCUGUUUCUCCUGUUGAAUUUGGAAUCUCUCUACUUCACUUUGUUGGGGAGUGUAGUCAGCACAUCCCCAGUUUUGUGCUAAUAGUGUGUCUCCUUGGAGUUACGCUGGCCCUUUAAAGGGAAUUGUGUGAGAAACAAAAACAUUGGGAGGUCACAAGAUUCCAGGUCUGAGUGGGUCAGGGAUUCCAGGAGAGCAUCUCUGGGAAAAGUGAGCUAAUUUUCUAAGUGAUUAAUCAGGGAAAUGCUCUUCCAUCCAAGCACAGUGCUCUGUUUCAGCAGCAAGUGUGUCUGACCGAUGAGCAUCCACCACACACAACAGCCGCUGGAUCUUUUACAUAAAUGAAACAUUCUUCUGUUUUAAUAAUUUCUUUUGAUUCUAGUGAUAUCUAUAAUGGUAAGUCAUCUGUUUGUUUACUGUACUGCUUAUUUUAAGUAGGUCUUCACAAGGCACUUGUUUAAUAUAAUUUAGUAUAUUGACAGUAGAGUUAAGAUUUUUAACAGCUAUGUAUUUGUAUUAAUAUUUAUUAAUGUUGAAAUACUGACAGAAGGAUAAAGGAUGCAUGUGCAAUAUUUGUUGUGUUAGGAUAAUAUAUGUGAAUGAGGCAGCAUUGAAAACAUGUAACUCUAAUUGAUUCCUGCCAGUUCAUGUAUCUUUAUAGUCAGUGAGACUCAGUCCAAUAUAAUUGGGAAAAUGCACAAGGAAGAAGCAGAGCGAAUAGGCCUGCUAUUUGUCAGAACCCGAGUUAUGGCCUCUAAAUCUUCCUACAGUGUACAGCUAUGUUCAGUACCUCACAGACAAACUCUGGAUGGUAGGAUGAACCAAGAUCAGACCUUUUAAACCCUGGCCAAGGCUUCAGACCAGAAAGUUGGAAGCUGGGGGAUGCUCUUGGGACACUAGGAGGAGCACUACUAUACUGACCUUCCUCAGAGCUGCAAUUUUACAUCUUUUGUCAUAUGCAUACAGUAAGUUUUCAGAGGGUUUGAAUGUUUUAGGGGGUUGUAUCUUCUCAGGCCCUGCACUCAAAUUAGAAUAUGUUGAAACCCAAUAGCAAAAAUGGACUUUAUGCAUUCAAAUAGUUAAAGGGAAAAGGAGUUCAGCAAUACAGCAGGAUCACUGAAAUCUGAGUUUGGUUUGUUGCACCCCAGGCUGGCAGGGUUUGGGACUACUUCAGAGGAUGCUGUUGGAAUAGGGGAGAGCCUCAUUACCCUCUAGCAGUUUCUGCCAUUAAGGGAAUGGUGACAGGCUUUGAGGAGAGUCCUGUCUAGUUCAGCUACCCUGACUGAGAAGUGAGUAUGAAGUCAUAGGGAUCACUGGAAUUCUGCAUUGCCAGACUGGAGCUGUUACAUAUUAAGUAAGGAAGCUUCCUGUCUUAAUUUUCUCAGUCCUGUCUACACCAAAAGAUGUGAUGUUCUUUUGGAGAGGUGAGUCAAGGAGCCUUGGCAUGGUUUAAGGUUCUAUUGUUUUAAUGAUUAAUUACGAAAUCCUAGUAUUUAUUACCUUUCUGAAUUAAAAAAGGCCAUGGAGCUGGAUCUCCUGCCAUACUUUACAUGCACAGUACUAUCAGCUGUAGCUUUCCUUAUCCUUAAUUAACUCUCAGGCACAUUGUGAGAGGGCAGAAGAGAAAGGACACUCACUGUGUAAAGAAAUCCAUAUAGUAUUGCACAACUAACAAGUCUCAGGUAACCCAGCAUACUGGACAUCUCAAUAUUUUAGCACUUUUAGCAUGGAUGUAUUUCAGUCAGUAAAUCAUAAAGUGUGACUGCUCCAACCAGGCACAUCGUUUUACUAUUUUCUUGUUAAUGGGAACAAUGUGGAGUUUGGUUACACUGAGAUGUAAAAUUACAGCAGCACAUACAGAACAUAAAGUUAUUAAAGUGAAAUAGAUGUUGCAUUUAUAUUCUCAGUAUGUGUGUUAAACUUUAAAAUGCAGAUAUUUUAAAAUAAAUAUUUUAUCCA